AUGGAGAGUGCAAUCACGCUGUGGCAGUUCCUGUUGCAGUUGCUGCUGGACCAGAAGCACGAGCACUUGAUCUGCUGGACCUCCAACGAUGGUGAAUUCAAGCUCCUCAAGGCAGAAGAAGUGGCCAAGCUGUGGGGACUCCGAAAAAACAAAACAAACAUGAACUACGACAAGCUGAGCAGAGCCCUGCGAUACUAUUACGACAAGAACAUCAUCAAGAAGGUGAUUGGGCAGAAGUUUGUGUACAAGUUUGUCUCUUUCCCAGAGAUACUGAAAAUGGACCCUCACUCUGUGGAGAUCAGCCGGGAGAGCCUUUUGCUGCAGGACGGCGACUGUAAGGUGCCCCCUGAGGCCCGCGAGGCGCACAGACACGGCUUGCCUGCCCUCAAAAGCACCAGCCGCAACGAAUACAUCCACUCAGGCCUGUACUCGUCCUUCACCAUCAACUCCCUGCAGACUCCGCCAGAGCCUUUCAAGGCCAUCAAGACGGAGAAGCUGGAGGACCAGCCGGAGGACAGCCCCCCCGUGGAGGAAGUCAGGACUGUCAUCAGGUUUGUGACCAAUAAAACCGACAAGCACAUCAGCAGGCCUGUGGUGUCGCUGCCCUCCACGUCGGAGGCCUUCCUGGGCUCAUCCGUCUCAGCCAAGAUCUCCUCGUUAAUGUUGCCCAAUGCUGCCAGCAUUUCCUCCGCUUCGCCCUCCUCAUCUCGGUCCCCCUCCCUGUCCCCCAACUCUCCCCUCCCUUCUGAACACAGAAGCCUCUUCUUGGAGGCCGCCUGCCGUGACUCGGAUCCCCUAGAGCCUUUGAACCUCUCGUCGGGCUCCAAGACCAGGUCUCCAUCUCUCCCCCCAAAGGCCAAAAAACCCAAAGGCUUGGAAAUCUCCGCUCCUCCUCUUGUGCUCUCCGGCACCGACAUUGGCUCCAUCGCUCUCAACAGCCCGGCCCUGCCCUCAGGAUCCCUCACCCCAGCCUUCUUCACCGCACAGACACCAAAUGGGUUGCUCCUGACUCCGAGUCCACUGCUGUCCAGCAUACAUUUCUGGAGCAGCCUAAGUCCAGUUGCUCCACUGAGUCCUGCCAGGCUGCAAGGGCCAAACACGUUGUUCCAGUUCCCAACACUGCUUAAUGGUCACAUGCCGGUGCCAAUCCCCAGUCUGGACAGAGCUGCUUCUCCAGUACUGCUUUCUUCAAACUCUCAGAAAUCCUGAUAACCUCUGGCCACAAUUAAAGACUCAUUAACUGAAGAAACAACUUGUCCCCAUGGGCUAGUUCACCUGUGUCAUGAGAAGGACAUUGUGAAACCCUCUAUUAAUUUGGUUUGCACUUUUCAUAACAUGGAUGGUCUAGAUUUAUGUUAGCAUUUUUAAAACUUUUUAUAUACAAGUAUAUAUGAAAAUCUGUUUUGCAUUAAGUGAAUUUUAAUUUUUUUUAUAUCCUCUUAGCUCUUAUGUGUUGAACACUGUUGACAGUGAAGAACUUUUUAAUGGUUUUCAGUAACUAAUAAGGAUGUGAAGCUUUUUUCGCUAAUUCUGCAUAUGCUGAAUUGUGCUUGUAUACACUAUAACCAGCUGUGCCUUCCUUUGCAUUUAGUUUUAUGUAAAUGAUUUUUAUAUUUUUAGUAUUAAGAAAGUGUUUGAAAGAUGAAAAUUAGUAUCAAACAGCUCUCUAGUAGAAUUUCAUUAUUUUUCACAAGUAGGCAACAUGAAAGCAUAGUCAUAUUUUUCUUUUUUGCUUUCAGUUGUAUGAGAAUUGCCUUAGAACCUCUUGAAACUGAAAUUCAGCAAACGUAAUAAUGUCCAACUAAUUUUUUUUAAUAAGAAACUAAGCUAUAUUUAGACAACAAUAAAACAUUCAAAAGAAAAUGCUUGAAAGUACAUUUUUUAAAAAUAUCAAAUGGAAAGGCUAGUCUUCUAGCUCUUCAAAAUCAGACGUCCCCCAAACAAAAACUUGAGAUGGAGAAAUGCUAUGUAACAUUUAUCCAAGUUCCUGUAAAAAAACCCUACUUAGCAUACCCCCAUUUCAAAAUAUUAGCACUUGUUCUGAGAAUCAUACCCUGUUGAUAUACUUACUGUAUCAUCAUGAGCUAGGGUUUCUCUAAACCUCUGGCACUAUAACAUUUAAAAAUGGAAUACUAUGGAAGAGGCUGACAGAUUGGUGAGGUAUACACACAGCAAAGGAACAAUUUUGUAUUACCACGUUUCCUCAUCUAUAUAGGUAUAGCCUUGCUUGUGGAAAAUAGAAGCUUUAACACUCGGUGGUAAAUUCUUCUGUGUACUUUAGCUUAGAGCAGUGACAACAGAAGCAUCAUUCUGUACAUGGAGUAGGAAAAUUCUUUUGUACCGUAAGAAAACUAGAAUGUGCCGGUGCUUUCAAGUCAAGGUUAGGGGACCCCUUAACUAUAGUAACAAAUCAAUCGGAAAUGUGAAUAAAUGAUUGAUUCUUGCAGGUGUUAAGUGGCAUAGAUUAAGGAAAUAAAGCUUCCAAAAACGCACAUUUCUCAAACUUUCAAAAAUUUAAAGUUAUAAUACUUACCAUGUUUUGAGAUUUUCCACUGGAAUCGUGCAUCUCUGCAGGGGAAUGUAUGCCCCCAUCUGGGGGAGCAAUCCAAACACUCUAAUUUUCAUUUUUGACUCUAAAGUAAUUGGGGUUGAUUCCAAAUCCACAGACACUACUGUCACCCCUCAUAUGCUAAUUAUUUACUGAAUAAAAAAAGCUUUCCCAGGAACUGGUAUCUACCAAACAAAGACUAUCAGACCUUUGACAAUGACCCACAUAUUUCCAGGUACGGACAGCUGCACUGGAGAAUCUGGACUAGCCUGAAGGCCACACAGGUCUCUUGGUCAGUGUUCAGUGAGGUUUUGUUUCCCUAAUCCUAGAUACAAGUAACUAGCCAAUACUGUAUGUUCCUAGGGGAAAAAAAAAAAAAAAGCAUAACAUUAAGACAAGAAAGUUGUCAGAUAAGAACACACAACAAACGCAAGUUUCUUACAGAAAAACUAAAGUUGUAAUCAAUGCGCAAAAUUCACAGUCAACAUUGACUUUUAAAUGUCAAUGUUGGUUGGAAAUAUUCCAAUGACCAUAAAUUUGAUUUCUGGAUUCCCUUCCUCCAACUAUAGUUUAACCAUAUAUUUUAGAUCCAUGAAAAUUGGAAAAAGUUUUUGCUGGAACAACACUCACUGUAACAUAUAAAAAGAACUGGAGGUUUUGAUGUAUAACACUUAUAACUUGUGCCUCAUUCUGUGUAUGUGGCUGUUUAACAAAUGUUUUAGUCAGAAAGUAAGAUUCAAAGAACACAGUAACUUCCUUUUUAUAUGUCUGCUUGAUCAGUGUUAAACUGCUAUGGCUGAAGUUUUAUAGAACUAUAACCUAAAUGUUGUCCUUUUUGUACACAUCUUUUCUAUGCUUGUAAAUCUUCAU